AUGAAACUGAUAACGGGCACUUUGGUGCUAUUUUUUUACACUGCCACUGCAUUGGUAAAGGCAGCGGUAAGUAGCCAGACCAUUGUAUCUUGCGGUAAGGUUUCCACAGGCGGAACGUUGGAGAGCACGCCUUAUAGCUCCUCAACAGCUUCCAUUUUGGCUCGAGGCACUCCUGCAGUCGGUGUUUAUCAUUUCUACCGCUCUGUCACCUAUGUCAGCGAUUGCAAUCCCAGCACACGGACCGCGACGGACGUCAACCCAACUAUCACUAUAUACUAG